AUGUGUAAUCAGGUCAGCGUGUGCAGUGAGCUGUGUAGGAGGAAGCAAAGGAAAGCAAAGCAAAGGUAGGAAGGAACAAAGGCAUCUCAGAGAAAGCUCUUUGCCAGCAACUCCCACACACUAAUCCUUAGCUGCAUCACUGCAUCCUGACCUUGAUGUGCACAAAUUGCCUUCUCUGAUUCUCUCCCUGCAUCCUCUGUCUAUAUAUAAGCAGCCAUUACAAAUAGCAUGUCACCAAAUUACCCAAGCUAGCUAGAGAUUACAGUACUUGAUCUCUUAUCUCUUUCCAGGGAAAAGUUUCUUCUAUAAUUAAUUAGUAGAGUUUGCACUUGAUUAGUAACUUUCAUUAGAGGCAAAGUUGAGAAGCAUGGGAGGCACGCUGCACUACCUGUCUGAUCUGCUGCUGGGUGGCAGCAGCGGCAAGACUAGCCACAAGAAGAAGAGGCAGUUCAACACGGUGGAGCUGAAGGUGAGGAUGGACUGCGACGGCUGCGAGCUCAAGGUCAGGAACACCCUUGCCAACAUGAAAGGGGUGCAGUCGGUGGAGAUAAACAGGAAGCAGCAGAAGGUGACGGUGCAGGGGAUGGUGGACACGCAGCGGGUGCUGCGGCGGGCGCAGUCGACGGGGAAGCGCACCGAGCUGUGGCCGUACGUCCCCUACACCAACCCGUACGUGGCGCCGCCGGCGGCGUACGACAAGAAGGCGCCGAACGGGCACAUCCGCCGGGUGGACGCCGUGCUGCCGGUCACCCCCAGCCAGGAGGAGCGCCUCGCCACCCUCUUCAGCGACGACAACCCCAACGCCUGCGCCGUCAUGUGAACCAACAUAUAUCUAUCAUCUCGAUCGAACCAUUAGCAAUCGGUUCAUGAACUAAACUAGAUUAAUACUAUGGUGGGCGGAUAAUAUGUGAUGUAGAGGCUGAGUUUAAUUCCAUUAUCGAAGAGAAAAACACAAUAGUUUUGCUAUGAAGAUUUGGUGCCAUAUUUUGAACUUGUUUCUAGCUACCAAGUGAUUGCUAAUUGUACUUUAGUAUAUGUAAGUUUAUUUGCAUCUCUAAUAAAAUUUUCUUGAGGAGAUACUAGAAGGUAUCA